GCGUGUGGUUUGGCUGAGGGUUGCUUAUGCUGCAACUGCUGGAGGGGGCGGGCUCUUGGGUUCCCUUGGCGACUGGAAGUGGAGAAGGGAGGGCUUGAGGCGGCGGCAGGAUUCGUCUCUGCCAUGGGCAGCGCUCGGACGCCGCUUCUGCUGCUGUCAAAGGGAUCAGUCACUGAGGGGAGAUAUUAGGAAUAGAUCUAUUUAAUGCUUCAUAAUAAAAUACCAUCAAUGAAAGAGGAAGUAUAAUUUGUGCUCAGUCAUGAGCAGUGCUAGUAACUCACUGGCACGUGAAUUUUUGUCAGAUGUCAGUCAUCUCUGCAAUGCAGUGGACCAAAGGGUGGAGGCCAGGGAGGAAGAAGAGGAGAAAACGCAUAUAGCAGCACUUGGGCAAUACCUUGUUCAAGGUCGUGGAUUUAUUUUGCUUACUAAACUUAAUUCCAUCAUAGAUCAGGAGCUGACUUGUCGCGAAGACCUUCUUACUCUCCUCCUUUCACUUCUGCCACUAGUUUGGAAAAUACCUGUACAAGACGCAAAGGCAACAGAUUUUAAUCUACCCUUCUCUGUUGAUAUAUGCUUGACCAAAGAGACGGGUCCAAGUUACCUUAAAUCUACUCAGGAAAAACAAAAUGCAGAAGAAAGUUCUCAACUGUCUACUCAGGCUUCAGUAAAAUUAAAUUCUUCUCGAAAAAGUAGACGUCAGCGCAAAACCACCACUCAUCGGUACUCUGUGAGAGAUGCAAGGAAAUCCCAGCUGUCCACUUCCGAUUCAGAAGGCAAUUCAGAUGAAAAGACUAGUACUAUAAUGAUGAAAUACCGGAGGUCCCAGCUCUUGCAGCCUUUUCUAACAAACCCGCCUAAGGAACAACAUGUUGCAGAUAGAUGUAGUUCUGUAGAAGCGGAAGAGGCUCAGAGUUGUAGUCUUGAUAAGAAUGAUAUAGAAGACUCCAAACUGAUGAUCCCAGUUCCAGAAAUUAGCUCAGAGACUUUGAAUGAACCAACUGCAUCAUCUCUCAGCAGUUUAGACAACUCUCCUUUUGACUUGUGUCACAUCUUGCUAUCAUUGUUAGAAAAAGUAUGUAAGUUUGAUAUUGCCUUGAAUCAUAAAUCUGCACUGGCAGCAAAUGUGGUAUCCACACUAACAGAACUCUUAUCAAAACUUGGAGACUGUUACAAUGCAAGUAGUGCUGCAGAAAAUGAAGUUGUUUCCUCAAGCUGGACAGAAGAACCGGUUGCGCUCAUUCAGAGGAUGCUUUUUAGGACAGUGUUGCAUCUUAUGGCUAUUGAUAUUAACAAUGCUGAGACCAUGCCUGGCAAUCUGAGGAAAAAUCUUAUUGAUUUGCUUAAGGCAGCUUUAAAAACUAAAUCUUUGCUGGAAAAACCACAUGAUCCUUUUACUGCAAGACAAAAGAGAUCUUUACAGAAGGGGAUUAGGGAUGACUUUGCUUUUCCAAGGUAUCGCCACAGAGCCCUCCUUUUGCCAGAGUUUAUAGAAGGAGUUUUGCAAAUUCUCAUCUGUUGCCUUCACAGUGCAGCCUCCAAUCCAAUUUAUUUUAGUCAAGCAAUUGAUCUGGUUCAUGAAUUCAUACAGUACCAGGGAUUCAAACUAUUUGAAACCACAGUACUGCAGAUGGAAUGGCUGGUUGCAAGGGACACUGAGAUAAACACAGAGGCAUCUGAGUAUCUCAAAGCCCUAAUCAACAGCAUUAUGAAAAUAAUCAGCACUAUCAAAAAAGUGAAAUCUGAACAACUUCACCAGUCCGCGUGUCCAAGAAAACGACACAGGCGAUGCGAGUAUUCUCAUUUCAUGCAUCACCACAGAGACCUCUCAGGGUUAUCAGUCUCUACUUUUAAAAAUCAGGUCUCUAAGAACCCGUUUGAGGAAACAGUGGAAGGGGAAGUCCAUUAUCCUGAUCGGUUCUGUUGUGUUGCUGUUUGUGCUCACCAAUGUCUACGGUUGCUGGAACAAGUUACUCUUGGCAGCACGUGUUUUCAGAUCUUAUCUGGUGUCCAUAAUGCAGGAAUAUGUUGUUGCAUGGACCCCAAAUCUGUAAUUAUCCCCUUAGUUCAUUCAUUCAGAUUACAAGUAUUGAAAAACUUCCAGCCGCACAUAUUAAGCGUCCUUAGUAAGUUUAUCUUGGACCAACUGGGUGGAGCACAAGUUUCUCAAAAAUUGACCCAGGCCUCUUGCAACAUUUGUACCAUUGACUGUGAUCAGCUUGCUGAACUAGAUGGUGCUCUUCAUGGGAACGCUUCUGAGGUUUCUACAUCAAGUUCUUCAGCUCCAUAUAGGUUUCAAGGAAUUCUGCCUAGCAGAGGACCUGAAGAUAUGUUGUUGAAGUGGGAUGCCUUGGAGGCUUACCAGAGCCUUGUAUUUGAAGAAGAGGACAAACUGCGCAGCAUGCAGAUUGCUAGCCAUGUUUGCAAUUUGAUCCAAAAAGGCAAUGAAGUCAUUCAGUGGAAAUUGUACAAUUAUAUAUUCAAUCCAGUACUCCAGAGGGGUGUUGAAUUGGCUCAUCAUUCCCAACAACUAGGAAGUGGUACAGCCUUCAGUCAGACAGGCAAUUACCACAAAAGGUGUUUGCCUCCGGAAGUGCUCCAGAUCUAUUUACAAACUCUUCCUGCACUAUUUAAAUCCAGAAUAAUACGUGAGUUGUUCUUAAGCUGCAAUGGAGUGAAUCAAAUGACUGAACUAAAUUACUUGGACUGUGUAAGAAGUUAUUCCUUGAAAGUGUUUGAAACAUUAAUAUUUUGCCUUGGAGAUCAGCAGAUGGACCAAGUGAUGCCCGACUUAGAUGGUUUGGACAGUGAACAGAAGAUGUCUGCGUUAGAUCUAGGUGCUUUAGUUCACAGACAGCAACCAGCUUCAGAUGCGCUUCAGAGCUUGAGCAAAUUUUAUGCUGUCCUCAAAGAAACUUAUCCAAAGAAGAAGAAAUCAGUCAGUCAAGAUGUUCACAUCAACAUGAUAAACAUAUUCUUGUGUGUAGCUUUUUUGUGUGUCAGUAAGGAAGCAGAUGCUGAUCGAGAUUCAGUGAAUGAUUCCGAAGAUACUUCAGGUUAUGACAGUACUGCUAGUGAACCUCUGAGCCACAGGUUGCCAUGUCUGUCUCCAGAGAGUUUUACUUUGCCCUCAUUGGAACAUAUCCACAGGGCAGCAGACAUUUGGUCAGUGUGUUGCUGGAUCUACUUGUGCAGCUCAAUAUUCCAAAGACAGUUCCAUAGACUUGGUGGUUUUGAAGUAUGUCAUAGAUUAAUAGCUAUGAUUAUUGAAAGACUUUCCAGGGUAGUAGAGGAACAAGAUGAGAAGGAGGGACCUACUGAGAUUUUUUCCAAAAGUGGUUCUUUGCAGUUGUUGCCAAGCUGCAAGAGAAGCCCAUUGGACCAUGAUAGUCUUGAUGAAAAUGUUGAUUCUUCAAGACAAGCUGAAUGGGUUUUCUAUAGCCAUUCAGAUGCAGAACAAGCUUCAACUGAUGGCACUGCCAAAUCAAAAAAGGCUUUGAUGCAAGAAAGUGAGUGGUCACACCAUGGUAUAAGACUUUUGGAAGCUCUGCUAGCCAUUUGUUUACAUAGUGCAAGUAAUUUCCAGCAGAAGAUGGAAUUGGAGUCACUUCCCCAGAAUGUUUGUGUGGAAGACAUAUUACUUGAAAUGAGGGACCAGCUUGCGAAGUCUAGAAUAAUGGAAACUGACUUGGUGAAGAACCUGUUUGAUUCAUUGCUUCGAGUUGCACUGGGAACCUAUGUUGCUGAUCUGGAACAUUCAGAAGAAAAGAAAGAAAAGAUCCAUCAGUCAGAAAAAGAUCCUGUACCGCAGCCUGGUGAUAUAUCAGAAGAAGCAGAAGAGUCACAAUGCUGUAGCUUUAAAUUUUUUGCUGAAGAAGAAGGCUAUGAUGCAGAUAGUGAAAGUAAUCCUGAUGACAGUGAAAGCAAAGAUGAAGGAGCAGACAUUAAAACAGAAAAAGGGUGCUUUGGUUAUUCCAGUUUUUCCAGUGACCUAGCUGAAAACUUCACUCAAGGGGAAUUAAUAUACCCUGAAAUCUGCAUGUUGGAAUUGCAUUUACUCUCGGUUGGUAACCCAAGCUUGGACGUACUCACUCAUGUCUUCCAGAGUUUCUUGAAAGUAAUCCGGCUGAAGGGAAAAAAUGCGAUGCUACUUAUGCAACAGGGAGCUGUAAAGAGUAUUCUGGGAGGAUUCCUUCACAUUUUGACAGACACAGAUUCUCGUUUUCAAGCAUGCCAGGAGGUACUGGUGGAUCUGCUCGUGUGUCUGAUGAGCUCAAGAACGUGUUCAGAGGAGCUAACCCUUCUCUUAAGGAUAUUUUUAGAAAAAACACCAUCUACAGGCAUCCUGCUUAAAGGUGUUCUGAAGAUUAUGGAGGCAAAUACAGAGAUGAGGCCUUUGCAACAUCUCUCAUUUCCUUUACAUCAAAUACCAAACUUGAGCAGCAGCCCAUCCCAAAAAUCCACAUUAACUCUUAAUAGCAAGGUCACAGGACUACUAAGAAGGGCAAAGUUUGCUCAGACAAAGGAACCAGAGGGUGAGAGCUUGCCUCAUCAUCAUCUUCUUCUUUCUUCUUGGCAUGUUGCUCCAAUCCAUUUGCCUUUGGUUGGACAGAACUGUUGGCCACACAUGUCUGAAGGCUUCAGUAUUUCACUCUGGUUUUGUGUAGAAUGUGUUCAUGAAGCAGACAAUUCCUUGGAGAAAGCAAAAAGGAUGAAAAGGAGGAGCAAAUUGCUAGUUUCACAUGACAGCAGUUUCGAUGAUAUAGGAGAAAGUAAACCUGGAGUUGAUUACCUCAGUUUGGGAGACAAACUUCUUGAAGAUGGCUGCCUUCACAUAUUUUCAUUGGGUUCCAAGGCUCUGAUGAUACAAGUGUGGGCUAAUGUGAACACUGGAGCUUUCACAUUUCGUUUGUGUAUGGAUCCAAAUGAUGAAAUGAAAGCUGGGCUACUAGCACAGGCUGAAACACCAGAAAAUGCUUUUCUUACAGGCAAAUGGCAGCAUUUAGCAUUAACCUACUUGCAACAGCCAGAAAACAAGAAAAAUAUCCAUGGAACACUGUCAUUAUGGAUUUCUGGUCAAAGAAAACCUGAAAUAAGUUUAGAUUAUACACUUCCAAGGAAAACAAGUUUGUCACCAGACAGUAAUAAGACAUUUUGUAUGACUGGCCAUUAUACAUCAUCCCAAGAUGAUUUUUUGCGUUUGGCUGGGAGAUGGGACUUGGGAAAUCUGCUUCUCUUUAAUGGUGCAAAAAUUGGUCCAGAAGAAGCAUUUUAUCUCUAUGCUUGUGGACCAGACUUCACCUCUGUAAUGCCUUGUAAAUACGGUAAAACAGUAACUGAUUAUUCCAAAUACAUAGAUAAAGAAAUUCUACAAUGUGAACAGAUUAAAGAACUCAUAAUGACAAAGAGAGAAGUAGACACUGGACCUUUAAUUGAAAGUCUUGCUGCUGUUUAUACCACUUGCCGCCCUGGAUACUACACAAUCUAUGAGCCAGUAAUCAGACUUAAAGGUCAAGCAAAAACUAUACCUUCUCAACGACCUUUCAGUUCAAAGGAAGUACAAAGCAAUUUACCAGAUCCUCAUUACCUGCAAAUGCUACGGCCUACUGAAUACAAAGGUCUUCAGGGUAUACUGCAUGAAAUUGGUGGAGCUGCGGCAUUCGUCUUCCUAUUUGCUAGGGUUGUAGAGAUCAGCAAUUGUGAAGAGACACAAGCCUUAGCUCUAAAGGUUAUUCUUGCCUUAACAAAACACAAUCAACAGAGAAUUCACGAGUUAGAAAACUGCAACGGUUAUUCAUUGAUUCAUCAGAUGUUGAUAAAGCCUAAAUGCAUUGUUGGAUUUCACAUUUUGCAGACACUUCUUGCAGGAUGCUGCAGUGAGAAGAUGAUUCGUCUAAAUGAGAAUGGACAAUUCGUACUUGAUGUAGAAACUACAGCAGUAAUCCAGGAUGUUAAAUUGUUGGAAGAGUUGCUGCUUGAUUGGAAAAUAUGGUCUAAAGCCCAGCAAGGUGUUUGGGAAACACUUCUAUCAGCUCUAGAAAUACUUAUCCAAGAUAAUCAUUGGCAACAGUUGUUUAAUAUUAAGCAGCUUCUCAAAGCUCAAAUUGUGCAACACUUCUUGCUGACCUGUCAGGUCCUUCAGGAGCACAAAGAGGAACAACUUACAUCUAUGCCUACGGAAGUCUGCACAUCAUAUGUGAAAAUAAUUGAAGAAGUGCUUGGAUCUCCCCCAGAUUUGGAACUGCUGACGUUAAUUUUUAAUUUCCUCUUAGCUGUUCAUCCUCCUACUAAUACAUACGUUUGUCACAAUCCCACAGACUUCUACUUUUCCUUACACAUAGAUGGUAAAAUUUUCCAAGAAAAGGUCCAAUCAAUCAUGUAUCUGAGAAAUUCCAGUAGUGGUGGAAAAUCAAUUGACAGCCCAGCACUGGCAGUUACAAGUCCAACGGGAUUUUCUGCAGUACAUGAAGAAGGAAAUGAUUCUUCUGAAGUGAAUGAACUGCGGACAACAAUUGCUCAGACACCUGAAUGGCGUUGUAAAAGCCUGCCAACAUCUCCUUCUUCCUCUCCACAAGUGCACCGAAAAGGAUUCAGUGAGAAUGUGAGCAGGAGUGUUGAGAACCUGCAAGUAGUUGAAGAGACUUGUUCAGUUGAGCCCCUGAAGAAAAAUAACUUUGUGAGGAGCUUGGAGGUCUUCAAGAGGAUGCAGGAGGCCCAUUUAAUAAGCAGCUGUGAGUCUGCAAAAACAGUUGUUGAUUUGGGAGAGUUCACUUCUAUGAAGACAUUUGAUAUUUCAAAGGAUGAGGUAGAAAUAUUGGAUAAGAAUGAGAACCAAGAAGCAAACACAGAAGUGAAACCUAGUGAAGUUGGUGCUGCUCCUGAACCAUCCCUGAGGCGCCCUGACAACCUGAAGGGGUUAUCUCCCUUUCAGAAAACUCAUGGCAGUUUUGCAGGCUUGGGGUUAGCCUUUUCUGUUCAAGGUGGAUCUGCUCUUGCUCGUUGGCCAAGCCUGGCUGAUAAAAGUGUGCCUUCUGAAGACUGGGGAAGUCUCACCUUUGCUGCAUCUGCUGAACGGGCUCCUCAAAAAUCUGAAAGCACUACUGAUAGAUCAACAGAAGAUUGUCUUGUACUCAUAUGCUGUGGUCUAUAUCAACUCUUACGUGGUGUCCUUCUAAUCUUGCCAGAUGACAUGCUUCAAACUGUGAUGGACAAGAUUAUUCAGCCAGAUGUUCUUAUAGCUCUUGUGAACCAUCCAUCUGCUCUAAUACAACAACGAGUAAUUAAACUUUUGGACACAUACUUCAGCAGAGCAACCAGGGAACAAAAGGAGAGGUUUUUGAAGAAUCGGGGCUUCACUCUGUUAGCUAACCAGUUGUAUCUUCACCAAGGCACUCAAGAACUUAUGGAAUGCUUUGUGGAAAUGCUUUUUGGUCAAUCUCUUGGCCUUGAUGAAGACUUUGAUUUGGAAGAUGUGAAAAGUGCUGGGCUGUUUCAAAAGUGGUGUGUGAUCCCUGUUCUGGGACUUAUAGAGAAUUCCCUCUAUGACAGCACCCUGCUACAUAAUUCCUUCUGUUUCCUGCUGCAAAUCAUAAAUUCCUGCUCUAAAAUGGCAGAUAUGCUGCUAGAUAAUGGCUUGCUAUAUGUACUGUGUAAUACUUUAGCAGCUCUGAAUGGACUAGAAGCCAACAUCCUCUCAGAUGACUACAAGCUGCUUGUAAGUGAUCUGCAACAGUUACUUGUGGCAGUGACAAUCCAUGCCUGUAGCUCCUCAGGUUCCCAAUAUUUUCGUAUUAUUGAAGAUCUCAUGGUAUUACUUGGACAUGUUCAGAACAGCAAGAACGAGAGAACACGGAAUAUGGCAAUUGCUUUGCAGUUCAAAGUCCUACAAGCAGCUAUUGAGUUCAUAAAAACUGCAGGAAAUCAAGACUCUGAUCAUCUGAGCGAUUCAUUCAAUUUACCUAUUGCACAUCAUCAGGCUAUAUUUCAGAAGCGUAAAAGCAUUACUGGUUCAGUUGCAAUGAAAGACUCCAUUAUUCCACAUCUACCAAGGCAACAUUUAUGUUCCUACGGUCAGCUUCAGAUGCUUCCCUCCUUCAGUCUGUUUAAUCUGGAAUCACCCCUCCAGUCCCCACUUGGAUCUACUUUCUAUUCAUUCCCUGCAGAAACAGCAUUGCGAAAAUGUUCCCUUGCUCAGUCGGACACACUACUAAUGAAAAUGCAUGCAGUUGCAAGUGAUGAGCUCAGUUUGAUGAUACAACGGAGAAUGAGUCAAGAGAAUUCCGUUUGUGCCACUGAAGCAGAGCUUAUACAGAGGUUUCAAAGAAUUACUGUUUUGGCAACCAACAGAUUCAUGUAUCAAGAACUAUCUGAAAAUUGCCUUGCUAUGCUGGAGACCCCAGUCCAGAAAAGUCUUUCAGUUUCACAGAUGGAAGAGACUGAAGAGGAGGACCGACAGGAUCUACUUACCCAUAACAUGCUUUUCCUGAAAGAAAUGUUUAAAAUAAUGAUUGAAGGAAUUGGAUUAUCUGUUGGUACAAGCAGGACAAGUACCCCAAAGCAAAAGUGGAAGAGAAUUCUCUGGUCCUGUAAGGAUACAUUUCGAGUGCAGCUCGGAAGACUGCUUGUGCAUGCUUUGUCUCCAGCACGAUCUAUACAAGAAAGAAAACAAACUUUGCAGAUAGUAUCUGAAAUAAACCAGCAAGACAUCUUGCGAGACUGUCUAAGUUCAACUUUGCAUCAUGGGCCCAAGUUGUCACUCUACUUGUUUGAGCUGAUACAUGAUCACAAGGAUGAACUAAGCAAAGAAGAUCAGUUAUCAGUGGAUGUAUUUAUGAAUGCAUUAAAACUUUGUGGCUACAAAUAUAUUCCUAUCAAUGCACAACCAAACCCAGAAUUCAUAAAAGCUAUGAAAGAGGAUCAAAAAAAAUAUGAGGAAGAAGAAAACGUGAACAAAGCUGCUUGGGAGAAGACCAUGUCUAAUAAUCGACAAACUCUCUUUCAGCGCCUGGAUGCAAAGUCAAAGGAUGUUUCUAAAAUAGCUGGUGAUAUCACCCAGGCUGUCUCUUCAUCACAAGGAAUUGAAAGAAAGAAGGUGAUGGAGCACAUCCGAGGAAUAUAUAAAGCAGACUUAAGUGCCAGCAGACACUGGCAGGAGCUUAUUCAGCAACUUACACAUGACAGAGCACUUUGGUAUGACCCUGCUUCCUACCCGACAUCUUGGCAACUAGAUCCAACAGAAGGUCCUAACAGAGAGAGACGCCGUUUGCAGAGGUGCUACUUAACUAUUCCAAAUAAAUACCUUUUGAAAGACAGACAGAAACCAGAAGAGAUUAUUAAACCCCCUCUGGCGUAUCUGUUUGAAGACAAAACACAUUCAUCUCACUCUUCCACUGUACAAGAUAAAGCAGCCAGUGAGCUUAUAAGAAUUCAUCGAAGAUGCAUAAAUGUAGCACCAUCUAGAGAGACACCUGGCGAAGUGCUCCUAGGCAAAUAUGGAAUGUAUUUUGUGGAGGACAAUGCUUCUGAUACAAUCGAAAGUUCAAGUUUUCAUGGAGAAACUGAACCAGCAUCUUUUUCUUGGACAUAUGAAGAAAUCAAAGAGGUCCACAAGCGUUGGUGGCAGCUGAGAGACAAUGCUGUGGAAAUAUUUUUAACCAAUGGCAGAACUUUGCUUUUAGCGUUUGACAACAUAAAGGUGCGUGAUGAUGUGUACCACAACAUCCUAACAAACAACCUCCCUAAUCUUUUGGAGUAUGGAAACAUUACUGCAUUAACUCACCUGUGGUAUACAGGACAGAUUACUAAUUUUGAAUACCUCACUCAUUUAAACAAGCAUGCUGGCCGUUCCUUCAAUGAUCUCAUGCAAUACCCAGUAUUUCCCUUUAUACUUUCCGUCUAUACUAGUGAAACACUGGACCUGAAUGAUCCAUCUGUUUAUAGAAAUUUGGUCAAACCAAUAGCUGUACAAUGUAAAGAAAAGGAAGAUCGUUAUGUGGAUACUUAUAAGUAUUUAGAAGAAGAAUAUCGUAAAGGAGCUAGAGAAGAUGACCCAAUGCCACCUGUUCAGCCUUAUCAUUAUGGCUCUCACUACUCCAACAGUGGAACAGUACUUCACUUCCUGGUUAGAAUGCCUCCUUUCACAAAGAUGUUUUUAGCAUAUCAAGAUCAAAGUUUUGAUAUUCCAGACAGAACCUUCCACUCUACCAACACAACCUGGCGUCUUUCAUCGUAUGAAUCUAUGACUGAUGUAAAGGAGCUCAUACCAGAAUUUUUCUAUCUUCCUGAAUUUUUGGUUAAUAGAGAAGGAUUUGAUUUUGGAGUUCGUCAAAAUGGAGAACGAGUAAACCAUGUCAACCUCCCACCAUGGGCUCGAAAUGAUCCUCGACUUUUUAUCCUGAUCCACCGUCAAGCUUUGGAGUCUGACCAUGUUUCCCAGACAAUCUGCCACUGGAUUGAUUUAGUAUUUGGGUAUAAGCAAAAGGGCAAGGCUUCAGUUCAAGCUAUCAAUGUCUUUCAUCCUGCUACCUACUUUGGAAUGGAUGUGUCUGCUGUUGAAGAUCCAGUUCAAAGAAGAGCCCUAGAGACAAUGAUAAAAACAUAUGGACAAACUCCUCGCCAGCUCUUCCACACUGCACAUGUCAGCAGACCUGCACCUAAACUUCUUUUGGAAGGAGAGCUCCCUGCUGCAAUGGGAUUGUUAGUGCAAUUUGCUUUCAGAGAGACAAGGGAACAUACUAAAGAGAUUGUAUAUCCGAGUCCUUUGCCUUGGAUCAAAGGCUUAAAGUGGGGGGAAUAUGUAGGUUCCCCCAGUGCCCCAGAUCCUGUUGUGUGCUUCAGCCAACCACAUGGAGAAAGGUUUGGCUCCUUGCAGGCUCUUCCAACUAGAGCUAUUUGUGGGUUGUCUCAAAAAUUCUGCCUUCUGAUGAUAUAUAGCAAAGAGCAAGGUGUUAGAAGCAUGCACAGUACAGAUAUCCAGUGGUCAGCUAUUCUGAGUUGGGGUUAUGCUGACAAUAUCUUAAGACUAAAAAGCAAACAAAGUGAACCACCAGUUAACUUUAUACAGAGCUCACAGUUUCAUCAGGUAACAAGUUGUGCUUGGGUGCCAGACAGCUGUCAGCUUUUUACAGGCAGUAGAUGUGGGGUCAUCACAGCAUAUAUGAACAGGUUCACUAUUAGUACACCUUCUGAAAUAGAAAUGGAAUCUCAAGUGCAUCUGUAUGGCCACACUGCAGAGAUUACUAGCUUGUUUGUCUGCAAACCCUACAGUAUAAUGAUAAGUGUAAGCAAAGAUGGAACCUGCAUCAUAUGGGAUUUGAACAGGCUGUGCUACGUGCAAAGCCUUGCUGGACACAAAAGCCCUGUGACGGCAGUGUCUGCUAGUGAAACAACAGGUGACGUUGCAACAGUUUGUGAUUCAGUCGGAGGUGGCAGUGAUCUCAGACUUUGGACAGUGAAUGGUGAUCUUGUGGGACAUGUGCACUGCAGGGAAAUUAUAUGCUCUGUUGCUUUCUCUAACCAGCCUGAAGGCGUCUCCAUCAAUGUGAUUGCUGGAGGGCUUGAAAACGGAGUUGUAAGACUGUGGAGCACGUGGGAUUUGAAACCUGUGCGGGAAAUUACAUUUCUGAAAUCAAACAAACCAAUUGUGAGCCUUACAUUUUCCUGUGAUGGCCAUCACUUGUACACGGCAAAUAAUGAAGGAACUGUUAUUGCUUGGUGUCGCAAGGACCAACAACGCUUGAAGCUCCCCAUGUUCUAUUCCUUCCUCAGCAAUUAUGCAGCUGGUUGAUGACUCUUCAUUCUCUUCAGUCUUGAUUUACUUUUGAAGCACUUUCAAUCUGGAGUAGAUUAUAGAGCCUCUCUGGUUUAACUGGAUUUUGAAAUACAUCUGUAUGACAAGUGAAUAGACCAGAGAUACAUCAGUGAAAGGCUGCUAUGUAUGCUUAUGCACCAAAUUUAUAAACCAUAUCAUGGUUAUAGGAAAGUUCUGGUCUACCUUAUCUGGUACCAGAAGAGUGACAGAGGCGCUAACGAAGAAAUGUAAAUGCUGCAAUGUAUUAUGUAAAAAUAUUUUUAUGGAUCAUUUCAUGGACCCACAUAUUCUAAAUACUGAAACACUAGUGGUGACUUUGCUCCGUUGUGUUGUAAAAUAAUAAAAUAGCAUUAAAAAACUUCAAAGGUUUAUUUAAAAAAAAAACACAACCUGGUCAGUGUUUGUGUGUAACUUAUUAAUAGGUUGUAGUGCAACUUGCUCUAGCCACCACUGUUUUAAAAAUCAAGAACUCAACACUGCUUUUUAGAGGAGCAAGUUAACUCAGUGGAUGUCUGUCUUCUCUCAUCAGUAUUGAAACAAUGGCAGUAUAAUUCUAUGAAAUGAGAUGUGUUCUUUACUCACUACCUAAGUUUUUAUAAGAAAGUGGUAAAUCUCUCUCUCCCCACACACACACACACACCCCUGCAGUGUAACAGAUAAAACUAUUCUGACAUGAAGCAAUAGUCAAACUUGACUUUUAGACUGAUUUUCAUAAUUAUGAUUUCAAAUUCCAAACAUAUGCAACACAGUGUUUUGAAUCUAGAAACAUAGAAUUUCUUGUGAUUUUACACUAGAAUGAAAAAUAGUAGAAAUGUGCUUGUUAAUCAUGUUUGAAUUAUGAAAACUGUGUGAACCAGAAAGCUAGGAAAUAUGAUUGUUUUGAGCAAGUCAAUUUUGAAUAAAUAGGUCAUCGCAUACAAAAAAUACAAACUCAAUUUUAAAGAAAACUGGCAAAAAUAGAACACUCAAAACAGAUCUUAAAUGUGAACCCACUCUCACUAAAACUAGAUUUUAACUAUCCUUUUGAUGGAGGUUUAAAUAUUGACAGCAUAUAAAAUUCUGAAUCUUUUUUGCUUUCUUAUAUGGCCAGUUCAAAUUAUUUAAAGAUCCAAUAUACAUUCAGGAUAAUGACAUUUUCCCCUGGGAAAAAUUAUAUAAUCCCAGAGAGAGACAUUUAUAUAGAAACUAUAGAGAAACAGGUGUUCUGCAUUCUAUCAUUUUAAAGUACAUAUUUCCUUUUAAUAUUAACUUUGCAUAUGUAAAUUUGAAAAUGGUGCACCUCUGCAGCCAUUCAGCUAACUCUAAAUAUGCAGUCUAUGGCAUAUUAUAUAGCAUAUUAAUAUGACCAUAUUAUGGUCAUUCUAAUAGAAAAUUAUAGAUCUCCAAUUUCCCUCCCAAAACCAAUUGGAAUAUAUUCCAGUUAAUCCAGUAUCCAAAAAAAGUAUACUAGACAUGGAAAUACUGUUGUAUGAAUAUAUAUUCCAAUUCCUACAAAGUCUUGCAUGAAGUUACAUUAAAGCUUCUGAGUCUCCACCUAUAAAAUUUGAAAGGGGAGAAGGAAUUUUGAUGCAUGUUUUUAUCAUGAUCUAAAAACUAAUUCAAAAAGUCUAUGGUCUUAUACUGUUGUAAUGUUUCAGUCAGCUCCUUCCUUUUUUUGUUGUUUUGGGGUCAUAAUUAUUCUUACAUCAGAGAUAUGGAAUGUCACCCAUCAAGUCAAGGAUAAAAAUUAUUAGAAAUAUGCAAAAUAGCUUGUCUUGUAAAAAAGAGUAGUAUUUUUAUGCAGAUAUAAACUUUUUGGAUAGAAGAAUAUUUAUUCAGCGUGAUAAUCUGGAAUUUUCUUAAAUUCAUAAGGGUUAUGUAUAUUGAAUAUCUCUGUAAAUAACAUAUUUACAGUAUAUUUAUGUUUACUGCACCUAUAUUGUUGAGAAAUAAAGCAUUUUUAUACAAAUUAAAAACUAAAGAUUCCUUACAAUUACAAUAUAUAAUAUGUAGGAUGUUUUGAAAAGGCAAAUAUUCCCCUGUGCAAAGCUUCUUUGCUUAAGAAACAAAACAAACAAAUUCUCAUGUAGCAAAAAGUAAGCAACAUUUGCUUCAGUGCCAUCUGCUUUUUAAGACCAAUUAGGUGCGUAUGCACACCCCCCAAAAAAAUGUCAGGCAAAAACAACUGAGGUUAUAGUUCUUGUCAGUCUAAAGACAAAUGUGCUCUGCCCAGAAAUUCUUUAUAAUAACUGUAUGCAAUAGGCCAGCUCUCAGCUGCAAUUACUCUCUGAGGCCCUUUAUUAAACAGGAUUGAUUUCUGCCAUAGUCAGGUGUACAGCCCACCCUUAUUUGAAAAAUAAGUAUCCCUGUUCAGAUACUACACUAUGUGUGCACACAGAUGUCUGUAAUUUUUGUAUGAAAAAGUAUACAUCCUGAAACCUGUGUGCAGGCCAUCCCAAAUGCAGGGUACAGAUUAUUGUAGUGCAAGAAACAUAAUGUGAAUUGUGUUGCGUUAUGUACAUGCAUUCAGAUCUGUAUAUGUGUACAGUAUCCUGUACCCAGAUUAUGCGUGCACAAUUGUACAUGCAUAAUAUGUGAAUAUAUCUUUGUCCACUAUAAAUAGUAGCAGUGUUUGAAGUUGUUGGAUCAGAACCAAGAGAUGGUCUAUACCUUCAUCCCUUCUCCCAUGGAAAAACUAUUUGGAUAAUGGAUUUGGAGCAGAGAAACUAAGUAAUGAAAGGAUUAAGCACCCUCAUCUUAAUUAAUUUGCCUACUGUACUUAAUUUCUCUCUAUUUUUCCCCUCCCAAAGUUACUUUGCUAUUUAAAGAGAGAGAAGGGGCAUUGGGGCACACUAAGGCAUGAUAGUGCCAUGUAUAGUGUGUAUUUACACCCUUAUGCAUCUCUCCAUACAGUUCACACUUGUCUUUUUUGCUCUGCGCAUGCUGGGGAAUAAUGUAGCUAGUAGCUACUAAACUAGUUUUGCAAAAAAGCCCUGGUUCUGGAAUGUGGCUCACCAGUUGUGCCCUUGUGUCCAUGUUGGUUCCUUUUUGCCCAAUCCACAGAAUCCGACUACUGAGACACUAAUUUACUCUGAUUUAGGACAAAAAAUCUUAAAUUCUUGGGCUAAAAGUUGACAUGAACAGUUACUUGCGAGAGAUUUUAAUAACACCAGUUAAAAAUAAAAAUGCUUUCGACUGACA